AUGAAACUACUAGUUGUUGUGAUGGUAGCAGUGACGGCCGUCAUGGCCAACAGUCAUCACGACUACACAGAUGCUUCUAAAUUCGCCGACUACCUGAAGGAUAUACGAAAGAGCCACGAGUUUGCCCAUAUGGACGCAACUGAACAGGCCCUUUACCAGCAACUGAUCCAGGCUGCCGAGCAGGGCAGUGCCUCCCUCACAUCCUUCAUCUCAGCUCAGACUUUCGCUAACAUCAUCCGCCUCAUUGAUCAUUUGGACAAGGACGACAUUCCCCACUUUGAAGGUUACCUUGAGGCUGUAAGUAGCAAGCUGCUUGUUCCUCUCGCCAUCACAUCUGCAGCAAGCCCCAACAACCGUAGUUAUCAACUAAAGACAAUGAAAGAUGUUUUUUCUUUCCUUGAUCAGAAGCGACAGAGUGGCUCCGACCUGUUUAGCUUCCUGAGAGAACUUCACCUUGCACACAAGAUUGAGGAUGAUCUCUCUCACGCUGACAUGCGGGUUUUCUUGGAGAUCUUGUACGCUGCUGAACACAAUACCCUCACCCAGUACAUUGACCAGAAGGGCUACGCAGCCGUCCUGGACCUUAUGUCACAAAUUGAAGACGAUCAGGUUCAUGGCUUCGAUCAGCUGCUCAUUAGGCAUCUCGAGCAUGAGGCUGCAAUGUCGCAAACUACCGUUGGCACCAUCGUUGUCAGCACCCCUGCUCCAGUGAUGACCACCCCUGCUCCAAUGAUGUCCACCGCUGCUCCAGUGAUGACCACCGCUGCUCCAAUGAUGUCCACCGCUGCUCCAGUCGUUGCCAGCACAGUCAUGGGCUGAACGAGCCGGCUGUUUAGUUUGCCGGCAUCCCCAAACUGCCGGUAUACCCAUUGCCUGAAUAAAGUUUGUAGAUUCUGUA